CAUAUAUAUAAUUUAGUUGCUCGUGUAGUACUAGAAAUAUAUAUCCCAAAACCGAAUCAUAAAGUUUUCUGGUUAAAUUCACACAGCCAUCUAUCUAUACUGCACGCCUUCACCAGAUACUUGUCUCUCUCACUCCUCACAUCACACCACAUACCCAUACCCAGAAUCCACGCGAAAGAUCAUUUACUCACUCAAACAUGCCCUUCGCCCCAACCACCGACAACCAGGAAAUCUACUACGAGAUCCAAGGCCAACCCGGGCCAGGACCUACCCUAGUCUUCGUCUCCGGCUACAUGGGCAUAACCAACAUCUGGCAGCCAUUAAUCUCCAGCCUUCGCUCUCGCCACCAGUGCAUCGCCUACGACAGACGAGGAUACGGAAGAUCCUCCAAGCCCGAAUCACCGGACAGCUACACCAUUCCCGGACACGCAUCUGAUCUGCACGCCGUCCUGCAAGCUGCGAAUAUUAUCCAACCCGUCGUCCUCAUCACACACUCAAUGGGCGGAAACAUCGCAUCAGCAUACUACCUCGCGCACCAAGAUACCGUUGCUGGGAUCAUCUAUACGGGGACCUACUAUGACGGCAGGACCAUCGAUGGGAGGUUUCUGACCUAUGAUGCGAUCACGGAUGGCGUCGAGAGUCCGUCUCGGUCGAUGGAGUUUUAUUCCGCCAUGGGAUUGAGGGAAGAUAUCGCCCUUGAGGCGGCGAAGUGGGCCCCGCACGGUCGGAGGAAUAAUGCUAGGUCGUUGCUCCACUUCGACAUGCAAGGUAAUUAUGCUCGCAUAGCUGUCCCUACGCUUAUUGUUCAGGGGGAAUUUGACCUGCUGCCGUUGGAGCAGUGUGUUAUGCCCAUGGUAAGGGAGUUGCCGUCUUGUCGGUUGGAGGUUUUGGCCGGUGUGUAUCAUUUUCCGGCGACUGAGGCGCUAGAGAGGGUGGAAGGGUUGGUUGAUGGGUUUGUGGGGAGUUUGUGAGUGUGUUUAUAAACGGUCAGUGUACGAGAGGUAGACGCUGUGAUUCGGUACAUACAUGGCAGACUCAACCUGCAUACUAGACUUAUUAUUAUGGUUAGUGAAUUUCAGAGUGCCCAGUGAU